AGAAAAACUGAACAGAUGGAGACAGGAGGUGAUGGAGAGGACUGUGGAGGACCAGAACCAGACCGCAACUCGGGUCCAGCCAGUCCUCCAGAUACUGAUAAGAAAACUGGAGACUCUUCUGAGACUGAGGACAGUGGUGAUUGGAAUGAGACCAGAGAACCUCUGUCUGGUGAAGAGUUUGUCAGUGACUCUAGAUGUAGAACAAGUGAGAAACCUUUGAUCUGUUCUGAAUGUAAGAAAACAUUUGGUUGCAUUCAGAAGCUGAGGAAACACAUGAUGACCCACACAUCAGAGAAACCUUUCAGCUGCUUCGAAUGUGGUAAAUGUUUUGCUGAAAGCGGAAAGCUGAAGAUCCACAUGAGAUGUCACACAGGGGAGAAACCUUUCAGCUGCUUCGAAUGUGGUAAAUGUUUUGCUGAAAGCGGAAAGGUGAAGAUCCACAUGAGAUGUCACACAGGGGAGAAACCUUUCAGCUGCUCACAGUGUGGUAAAUGUUUCACCCUGAGGGGAAAUCUAAAAAUACACAUGAGAUGUCACACAGGGGAGAAACCUUUCAGCUGCUCAGAUUGUGGUAAAGGUUUCACUACAAAUGGAGAGCUAAAGACACACAUGCAACGUCACACAGGAGAGAAACCUUUCAGCUGCUCACAGUGUGGUAAAUGUUUCCCUAAAAGUUCAUAUCUAAAGAGUCACAUGAGAUGUCACACAGGGGAGAAACCUUUCAGCUGCUCACAGUGUGGUAAAUGUUUCACUGAAAGGGGAAAUCUAAAAAUACACAUGAGACGUCACACAGGGGAGAAACCUUUCAGUUGCUCAGAUUGUGGUAAAUGUUUCACUAAAAGUUUUAAUCUAAAGAGACACAUGAGAUUGCACAUGGGAGAAACCUUUUAGCUGCUCAGAGUGUGGUAAAUGUUUCACUAGAAGUAGAGAUGUGAAGAGACGCAUGAGAUGUCAUACGCUGUGUAAAUCUAAAAGUCCACAUGAAAACUCAAAUGAGAAUCCCCUUUAACGUCUUUCCCUAAUUUACAUUACCGUUUCCCACGUGAGUUUUGAAUAUCCGUCGCAAAGCAAUAAUGACACAUAUUUGAAGCUACUUUUCAUGUUCACAAUUACAACCAACUAUCUAAGAAUUCCUCACAGGGAUUAAUUGGGACGACACUCUUUUAUUGGGACGACACUCUUGUUUGGUUUUUCCUAUGCUCCCGAGGGUUUUGUGUCACAGGAUGUCACGUGUGAUAUACAAAAUGAAAUUAAAUUAAAUAUCUUCUGACAGAUGGUCAGAAGUUCAUAUUCCAAGAACAAAACGUUCUUGUCAGUAACAUACAAACUAUAAACUAUGUGUAGGAGCCGCAUUUAAGUUUUUGUAUUUUGAAUGAUUUAUAUAUAUUUCUUUCCUCUUUUGUGGAAUCGCAAGUGUGCGCCCUCUGUAGGUGGUGACGGCGCCACCCUUUAAAGGACCGAAGGACACGCAUGACGGGAGGUAGGCGGGCGCAAAUACCGUCAUUGACCUCAGGGCUGAGGCUGUGAGCGAGGCUGUCUCCGUUUUGGGCCCGUUCAGCUUGUCAUAGUGAUUUUGUUUUGUGACGACCUUUUUUUGUACAAUAAACCGGCAACAUUGAUGGUCAAACUCCCCUUUUCAUUUGAAUUAUUGGACAGAACUGCGAGUCUUGACAUUGCUUUCCUGCUUUCCUCAUGGUGGUAAAAUCAACAAGAACACAGGAAUAGGAUCUAAGGGUUUAAAGGAAAAAACUCAACUGUUUAUGCCACUACACUAUGCUAAGCUAUUAAUUCAUUGGAAAGGUGUAAUCUAAGGCGCUGAUUCUAAACCAUCGGUCCGCGAGCGCCACCUAGAAAUAUUUCUACUCUGGGCAGAGAAUUAUUAUAACCGUCUUUACGGAGACAAGUAACAGAGCUGAGCCACGCCCCUUCCAGGCGCACAUAAAGUGGGACAUGAAUGAAACAAAGUAACUAGUUGGGUGAGUAAACAGUGGCGAAAAUCCCCUUGGCAUUUUAAGUGUGAACGUAGCAUAACACUCUCCACCAGCAUUGAAGCCAUCAAAAUGAAAGCGGAUGGCGUCAUCUCACUGACUUGCAACUCUAAAUCUUACUUAAAAGCCAGCUGUCUUUUUCUGUUCCAUGAAGUGUUAGUGUUGUUUUUGCAGGUUUACAUACAGAUAAUAAAUGUCUUUGUGAUGAUCACUGUAUCAGGUUUUUGCUUUUUUUAUUUGAUUUAGUCAUUGAAUACAAAUCCAACCUAUAAUUAUAUCAAUUAGUUAAUAUAAAAUAGUGUUGAUAUUUGA